GCUGAGUGGGUCUGGGUGGUGGGGUCUGAAUGUUGGGAGCUGAGUGGGUCUGGGUCUGAGUGUUGGUGUCUGGUGUGGGUCUGGAUCUGAGUGAUCCUGGGGGCGACGGCUGCUUCUGCCUGCAGCUCGUCGUACACACGCCCAGAAGAGUUGUGCAUCCACCAAUGGCGGCGCCGAGAUUCCAUCGCUGGCCAAUCAGGGCUUGAGUUUAGUGCGGGACUCCCGGGAAUAUGAAAAGACGUUCCGCCGCUCCUGAUGGAUCUCAAGGUCGGAGCUUGCGAGGCGGCGGGAGAGGGGGCCGAGUGAUUCCCAGUUCCAGCUAUCAUCACUGAGAGAAUGGCUUCCGAAUCGGACAGGAAUGCAAACUACUGUGAGACAUCCUCGCUUAAAAGAGGGGAUCUAUUGGAAGUGCCCCGGACACUGUUCACGCACUAUGGCAUAUAUCUGGGAGAUGGACAAGUUGCUCAUCUGAUGCCCGACAUCCUGCCCGUGUUUACUGAUAAUCAGAAGGUGAUCUGCAACGUGGUGACAAACCAGCGGCUCAUUUUGGGCGUCAUCUCCAGGAACGCCAGCAUCAGACUGGAUACAGUGGAUGAUUUUGCGUACGGAGCUUGCAUUAUAGUCAACCACAUGGACAGGCUAAUGUACAAGAAACCGGCAUUACCCAACGAAGAGGUUGCAAAAAGAGCCGAGAAGCUGGUUGGAAGCACGGAGUACAGCCUGUUGUGGAAUAACUGUGAACAUUUUGUUACCCACUGUAGAUAUGGUACUGCAGUGAGCAUCCAGACUGACAAGUUUUGUGAAGCAGUGAAGACGAUAAUAAGAGACCAGAGGAGUAUUUUUGUCACCGCUGCUUUGGGACUGGCUGGAAUUUUUUGUUUGGGCUUUGGACCCUCCACUACUCUCCCGACUAUCCUUAUACCUUUCUUCCUGUGGAUGGCUGGCUAACAUACAGGAUCUCAGAUGCAAUAUAAAUAUGUGAUAUAGCACACUGAUUAUGUACAGAGUGGAUGGAUAUGAUUUAUAAAUGUUCAGCAUUUUCCUUAAAAUCAUUGGCCUUUAACUGAGAUGUAGUUCCAUCAAUACAUAAAAUAAUUUUUUUACUUAGCUUACCAUGUAAGCCCAUUUGAUCUUUUAACAGAAAGCUUUGUUCUAGAAUCUUUUUUUAAUGUAACUCUACACUUUUUACAUCAUAACAAUACUAUGUUACUACAAAAUCUCAAAUUUAAAAAAAUCAUUUUUGCUUUUGCACUUCACUAUAUUCUUUUUACUUUAUGUUAACCACUCAUGAUUUUGGCCACAUACAUAGGUUUGUACAAAUGGGUGUUUGCUCACAGAAUAUUAAUAUUUAGGAUUUUUAAAAAAUUGUUAACACUAAAUGCUGUGUUUGGCAAGUCUUAAAACAU